AUGCUGCCAGGAAAGCAGGGGAUGUAUGAUCCUGCCCUGGAGAGAGACAAUUGUGGUGUUGGUAUGAUUGCCAACUUGAAGAAGACGGAGAGUCACAGGAUCGUGAAGAACGCUCUUCAGGCGAGUCUAAAAGUCCUCGAAAGGAUGGCACAUCGUGGAGGUUGUGGCUGCGAGGUCAACACUGGAGAUGGGUCGGGAGUUUUGUUCACCAUGCCAGACACCUUUUAUCGUCAAGAGUGUGAGAAGGCUGGUGUGAAGCUGCCCCCUCGUGGAGAGUAUGGUUCUGGCUUGAUCUUCUUCUCAAGAAAGCCUGGAAUGCUUGAAAAGUGCAAGGGAAUCAUCGAGAAAAGGUGCCAGGAGCACGGUUUCAAGAUUCUUCAUUGGAGGGACGUUCCCACAAACAACUCCACAAUUGGCCCAUCUGCUUUGGCUUGUGAGCCCAAGGUCAUGCAAGUUUUUGUGGCUCCGACGGCGAAAUUGGCUCCGGAAGUGCUUGAGACGGAACUUAUGAUCCUCAGACGUGUUUUCGAGAGAGAAAUCGCAGAAAUUUUCAUCGAUCUUGGUCGCGAUUGGACGCAAGAGUUCUAUCCUUGCACCCUUUCAUCGAAAACCAUUGUGUACAAAGGCAUGCUCACUCCUGAACAAGUCCGGGAGUACUACUUGGAUCUUCAGAACGAAAAGUUUGAGACGUAUCUUGCUCUGGUUCAUUCUCGCUUCUCCACAAACACGUUUCCUUCAUGGAGUCGUGCGCAGCCCAUGCGCAUGCUCUGCCACAACGGCGAGAUCAACACUUUGAAGGGAAAUGCUAAUUGGAUGUCUGCAAGAGAAAGUGUGAUCCUCUCGCCUAAGCUUGGCAAGGAAAAGACUCAGAUGAUGUUGCCAGUGAUUGACAAGUCACAAUCCGACUCGGGUUCAUAUGACAACGUGUUAGAGUUCAUGUACCACGGAUCCAACCGCACUCUUGCGGAGUGCAUGCUCAUGAUGAUUCCAGAGCCAUGGCAAAAUGAUGGCAAUAUUGAUGAAGAUACCAAGGCUUUCUACAAGUUCUAUUCCAAUGUGAUGGAACCGUGGGAUGGUCCUGCGAUGAUCGCUUUCACAAACGGAGAUGUAAUUGGUGCUACGUUGGACAGGAAUGGCUUGAGGCCAAGCAGAUACUACGUUACCGAUUCGAAUGGAAGUGGAGUACCUGAAGAAGUUAUUCUAUCUUCAGAAGUCGGAUGUCUUCAGGAUGUUGUCCCUGUUGAAAGCAUCAUUGAACGUGGAAGAUUGCGCCCCGGUCAGAUCUUCAUGGUGGAUCUCAAAGAGGGAUGCAUUGUUCGUGACAAGGAGCUCAAGAAGCAAUUGUCUACCAACGCGCCUUUCCGUGAAUGGGUUGAUGGAAUGAUCCCUCUUUCUAAGGUCAUUGAGGUUUCACCUAAGAUUCCCGAGGAUCAGAAGAACUUGCGUGCAACAAACAGGCUUCUCACUGCUCAUGGCUAUACAACUGAGGCUGUCGAUACAAUCAUCACACCUAUGGGAGCAACCGGCAAAGAGGCCUUGGGGUCCAUGGGCAACGAUGCUCCUCUUGCAUGCCUUUCCUUGAAGCCUCGCUUGCUGUACGAGUAUUUCAAACAGCUCUUUGCUCAGGUUACAAACCCUCCCAUCGAUCCCCUGAGAGAGUCGCUCAUUAUGUCACUGAAACUUCCUUUGGGUCCUGAGGGAAAUCUACUGGACAAGGCGGGCAAUCAAUCCGAAAGGAUUGAUGUUGAAUGCCCCCUCCUCUCGUUGGAGGAGAUGCAUGCCUUGAAGCAUAUGGACCACAAAGGAUACAAGACCUAUGUGGUCGAUUGUACGAUUCCCUAUGAGGAUCCUAGCAAUCCACCAUCGAAGGAAGUGUUGCUCAAGGAGUUGGACAGGAUCGAGAAGGAAGCUGCAGAUGCAGUCCGCAAAGGAUUCAAAAUCAUCUGCCUCUCAGACAAGAAGGUUUCCGAUACACGAGUCCCGAUUGAUUCGAUGCUUGCUGUGGGUUGUGUGCAUCAGUACCUCAUCAAGCAGAAGUUGCGAACAUUGAGUGGCUUGAUCCUUGAGAGCGGAUCUGCACAUCAGGUGCAUCACUAUGCUCUCCUCUUUGGUAUGGGAGCGGAUGCUGUCUGCCCAUAUCUCUGUUACCAUGCUCUGCACAAGGCUCGCGAUGAAGGUCGCCUUGGUAUGCAGUACACGGAUGCUGAGAUCACGGACCGUGUGAAAUCAGCCUUUGAUUACGGAGUUCGCAAGGUAAUGGCGAAGAUGGGAAUCUCCACUUUGCAAAGCUACCGCGGAGCACAGAUUUUCGAGGCCCUUGGUAUCAGCUCAGAGAUCAUUGACAGAGCAUUCACUGGAACCCCGUCUCGCAUCGGAGGAGUCACAUUUGAUAUCUUGCUUGAGGAUAUGCUGAAGUAUCACGACAUGGCCUUCCCCAAGGACCCUGAGAGCACUGGAUACAAACCAAACUACGGCAUCGAAUCAAGAUUCACUGCUGCUCGUGUCGGCGGAGUAUUCGACUCCGACGAUGACAAGUUCUCGCUCCCCAACCUGGGAGACUUUCACUAUCGUGAUGGUGGCGAGCUGCAUUACAAUGCACCGGAACAGAUGGCCAUGCUUCAGGAAGCUGCCAGGAAAAAUUCCCGCGAAGCAUACGAGAAGUAUAUGAACAUCUCGCACAAGCUCGUUCAAGGUGUCACUCUUCGUGGCCAACUGACGUUCAACACGACGGGCGUCACCCCCAUUUCGAUUGACGAGGUUGAACCAACGGCCGAAAUCGUCAAGAGGUUCACGACCGGUGCAAUGUCCUUGGGAUCGAUCUCAGCGGAAGCUCAUGAAACCUUGGCCUUGGCCAUGAACCGUCUGGGUGCCAAGUCCAAUACUGGAGAAGGCGGAGAGAGUGAAGAAAGGCUUGUUGAUCCUUCAAGGCGAAGUGCUAUCAAGCAGAUCGCCUCUGGGCGAUUCGGUGUGACUGCCAACUACCUCACCAAUGCUAUUCAGCUUCAGAUCAAGAUGGCUCAAGGAGCAAAGCCUGGUGAAGGAGGAGAGCUUCCUGGAUUCAAGGUAUCCAUGGAUAUCGGCAAGCUUCGCCACUCCACUCCUGGAGUUGGGCUCAUCUCGCCCCCCCCUCACCAUGACAUCUACUCGAUUGAAGACCUCGCGCAACUGAUCUACGAUCUCAAGUGCUCAAAUCCUGCUGCACGAAUUUCAGUCAAGCUCGUCUCCGAAGUCGGUGUAGGAGUUGUGGCGGCCGGUGUUGCUAAGGCGAAGGCGGAUCAUAUCCUGAUCUCAGGGCAUGACGGUGGAACUGGUGCAGCUCAAUGGGGUGGUAUCAAGAGCACUGGUCUUCCUUGGGAGCUUGGUCUUGCAGAAGCUCAUCAAACCCUCGUGAUCAACGAUUUGAGGUCGCGAGUCAUUCUGGAGACUGACGGACAAAUGAAGACUGGAUUGGAUGUUAUCAUGGCGUUCAUGCUUGGAGCAGAAGAAUGCGGAUUUAGCACGGCCCCACUCAUCUCGAUCGGAUGCAUCAUGAUGAGAAAGUGCCACCUUAACGUUUGCCCUGUGGGCAUUGCUACUCAAGACCCAGAGCUGCGCAAGAAGUUCAAGGGAUUGCCGGAACAUGUGGUCAACUUCUUGUGGAUGAUUGGCGAAGAGGUCAGAAUGCACAUGGCUAAGAUCGGAAUCAGGAAAAUCGAUGAUCUCAUCGGCCGAUCUGAUCUCUUGAAAUUCAACGAAGAAAUCAGGAACAAGAAGACUAAGAACCUUGAUCUGUCUUCAAUCAUCACCCCUGCUUUCACUCUCCCGGGUUUGAUCAACCCCAAGGCAAUCACCAGGAGUGCAAUCAAGCAGGAUCAUGAGUUGGAGAAGCACAUCGACAAUAUCAUCAUCCCCAAGGCAAAAGAGGCGCUUGAGUCCAAGAAACCUGUCACCAUUGAGACUGAGAUCAUCAACAUCCAACGCAGCUGCGGUACAAUGCUCAGCCAUGAGAUUUCCAAGAGGUACGGAGAAGCUGGUCUUCCAGAUGACACCAUCACCAUCAAGGUUCAUGGCUCCACUGGCCAGAGCUUCGGUGCAUUCCUUACCAAGGGAGUCACCAUGAUUGUCACUGGAGACGCCAACGACGGUCUUGAUCGGCCAGAGAGAAGUUACUGCACUGGCAAGGGUCUUUGCGGUGGCAAAAUCGUGGUGAACCCCGACCCCAGGAACUUGAAGCGUGGCUUCGUUGCCGAGGAUAACAUCAUCACUGGCAACGUGGCUCUGUAUGGAGCCACCUCAGGGAGGGCAUUCUUCCGAGGUAUCGCAGCCGAAAGGUUCGCAGUCCGUAACUCCGGAGCCAUCACUGUCGUCGAGGGCUGUGGCGAUCAUGGACUUGAGUACAUGACCGGAGGCAGAGCCGUCAUUUUGGGAGAAGUUGGCAAGAACUUUUCUGCUGGAAUGAGUGGUGGAAUUGCUUGGGUAUAUGAUCCCAAGGGUCAGCUCAGGUACAAGGCAAACUUCGCAGAGCCCAUGAGGGACUUCGAGCGUCUGGAAGGCGAUAUCUACGAGCAAGAACUCAUCGGCUACAUCAAGGAACAUCUUGCAGCUACUGGAUCUACCGUUGCCAAAUCUAUCUUGGACAACUGGGAGGUGGAGAGAGAGAAGUUCGUUCAGGUCUUCCCCCUUGACUACAAGAGAGCAAGGAAGCAGGCUGCGGACGCUGACUCUUGGAAGGGUCGCGAAGAGAGCCACAAGGAGAAGAACCUGGAGAUUGAUAUGGACGCUAAGAAGAUUAAGGUUCAGGCUCACACGCCUAGCGAGAAGGAGAUCGCAACCAAGUUCAAUAAGCUCCGUGGGUUCGUGGAGAUCGAGCGCAUCCCUGAACCCUACCGUGAGCCAUCGGAGCGUCUCACGGACUGGGGAGAGAUCUACACUCCUGUUAAGGCUCACGAUGCUGAAAGAAAGCGCCAGGCAGCGAGGUGCAUGGACUGCGGUACCCCAUUCUGUCAGACUCACUCGGGUUGCCCAAUCCACAACCUCAUGCCUGAGUGGAACGAGCUUGUCUUCAAGGAGCAAUGGAAGACCGCUCUUGAUCGUCUCCUUACCACCAACAACUUCCCUGAGUUCACCGGACGAGUUUGCCCUGCGCCUUGCGAGGGUGCCUGCGUUGCCGGAUUGGUCGCUGCGCCAGUGACGAUCAAGAACAUCGAGUACGCGAUCAUCGAUCGUGGUUUCAAGGAAGGAUGGGUCAAGCCCAGGAUCCCCAAGGAUCGCACUGGACUCACCGUGGCGAUCGUCGGCUCUGGUCCAGCAGGCUUGGCAGCUGCGGAUGAGUUGAACCAGAUGGGACACAAGGUCACUGUGUUCGAGCGUGACUCCAAACCAGGAGGGCUUCUCAUGUUUGGCAUCCCCAACAUGAAGUUGGACAAGAGAGUGGUUCAGAGGAGGCUCGAGAUCAUGCAGUCCGAAGGAAUCGACUUCAUCUGCAACGUCGAAGUCGGCAAGGACGUGACUGCAGAUCAGCUCAAGAGCAAGUUUGAUGCUGUCCUGCUCACCGUGGGAGCCACGAAGCCAAGAGACCUUCCGAUCCCUGGCAGGAAUCUCAAGAACAUCUACUUUGCCAUGGAGUUCUUGGGCAAGCAGCAACAAGCCUUGUUUCGCCAGAACCCUGAGCUCAUGACCAACGCCAUCUCCUUCAGGACCCCGUACAAGGGCAACAAGGACUGGAAGCUCGAGUACGACGGCAGCUUCAUCGAUGUCCGUGGAAAGCGUGUGGUCGUGAUCGGAGGCGGAGACACGGGAACCGACUGCACCGCCACGUCUGUCAGGCAUGGAUGCAAGAGCCUCGUCAACCUCGAGCUCCUCGACAAGCCUCCCCCUACUCGUGACGAGAUCGCCAAUGCCUGGCCCGCCUACCCCCGCAUCUUCAGGACGGACUAUGGACAAGAAGAGGUGAAGAAGCGCGACGGCGCCGAUCCUCGCAAGUAUGCCGUCAUGACCAAGGAGUUCAUCGGAGACGAGCAGGGCAACGUCAAGGCCAUCAAGAUCGUCUCUCUCAAGGUUGCACGAGAUGCAAACGGAAAGCCAACGAUCGCAGAGAUCGAGGGAUCCGAGCAGUUGAUCGAGACCGACGCUGUCAUCCUCGCCAUGGGCUUCGUGGGCCCCGACCCCAACCUGGUCGAGGCGUUCAAGACCGAAGCCACUCCCCAGUCCAACAUCAAGGCGAUGCACGGAUCCAACGGUGAUGGCUACAGAACGUCAGUGGAUGGCGUGUUUGCUGCGGGAGACUGCCGGAGAGGUCAGUCGCUCGUCGUGUGGGCCAUCAACGAGGGUCAACGCGCUGCUGAUGCUGUGAAUCGUUUCUUGCUCGAGUCGCGUACUCAGCACGUCUCGCAAUCCUCGUCCGAGGGAGUCAAGAGAGCGUCUCAGGCGAGGUCCUUCCACACCAGAGCACAGGAUGUGGACAGAGAGUGAACGAGUGAAGACUGUCGUGAGGGUUUUCGCUCACCUUAAAUUUAACACCAACAUUAAGUUUGUAUCUACACGCC